CCCACUGCUGUCCUUGUACCAUGAAGAUGAGAGAUAAUAUCUCGACGACGCGUUUGUGACGUUUGUGUGUGUGUGUUGAAUAUUGUUGUGUUACCGUAAUGGCGAACCGCGUUCGUUGAUCCAUCAUUUCACAUACUAACCUAACCUAACGCGACAGCAGAGGCCGACAAACGGACAGAACAUAGCACAUUGCACACGCGGCACGACGUUUGACCGGUUUCCGCGUCAACCCAUAUCGACGUUCAUCGUACUUCACCGAUCUGUUUUCGGCUGAACUGUUUUUCCAACAAACGUGCGUACGCGCGCGAUUCUCCUCUAAUCGCUCCAGUCCGCUGACGGUCAUUGUUAGACACGUAAGGCAAGUCUGUUAGACGAUAAACAUGAUGAGGAGACGUAACAGAGGUGGUGUCGGUCGUGUCUCGGCGUUUUCCAAAAGGUGUCGGAUCGUAAACGGCGGUGGUGACGAUGGAUUCGUGAACCACUGCGAUCAGGUGCUCGAUGACCAAAACAAAAUGGUGAUGGCCGUGUCUAAAAUCGCAGUGGACCCUGGCAGCGAUCAGACGGUGGCCUCCAUCAACCACCGCGUCUACCGGCCGGCGACCAAUAACCUGAGUAAACUCAAGGCCCGAUCAUUCCUGAAUCACAAGUUAAAAGAUGAGUCCAGCAAAUCUGUGGCCCUGCUGAAUAAAAAGAUAUUACAGUUAACAAACAAAGUGAAUUAUCUAAAACAGAAGUUGGCGGUAGCUAAUCAAUAUAGAGCUAAACCAGUUGCUAGAGAGAAAAACUUGGAUGUCUUACCAUUCACACAAGUUUCUUCAACAUGCUCAUCUGGCAUAGGAAACUUUAGUUUGGCUGAAAUACAAGAUCAGCAAGAACGACAAGACAUUAAACUUAAAAAGCGAAGGACUCGUCCAGCUGCUACUAAACAACCAAACCCAGAUCCGUUAGAAUACAACCAAACAAAACAGCGGAGAACUAUUAUUACACGAGCUAAAUCAGCUAAAAUAGGAAAAAUGCAAGAAUUGUCUUUGAUCACAACAGAUGAUGCAUAUAACACAUGCCUAGAAAAUUAUAAUCCUACAAAAGAUGAACCAGUUUCCAAAAAUACUAAGAGCAAUUUAGAAACACCAAGUUGGAGGGUUAUAAAAUAUUCUGGUAGGCGUUCUGUAAAAGACACAGAAAUAAUGUCCGAUCGUAUCUUUGAAAAGAGACAUCAUAAACAUGAACAAAAGGAACAAAUAUGUAAAAGACGGGAUUUGCGACGAUUGAGGGAAUUAAUAAGAGUAGAAAAUUUGAAGCAAGGUCGUAAUAAACACCAAAUACAAGAUCAGCAAGAACAGCGAGACAUUAAACUUAAAAAGCAAAGGACUCGUCAAGCUGCUACUAAACAACCAAACCCAGAUUCAUUAGAAUCCAACGAAACAAAACAGCGGAGAACUAUUAUUACACGAGCUAAAUCAGCUAAAAUAGGAAAAAUGCAAGAAUUGUCUUUGAUCACAGCAGAUGAUGCAUAUAACACAUGCCUAGAAAAUUAUGAUCCUACAAAAGAUGAACCAGUUUCCAAAAAUACUAAGAGCAAUUUAGAAACACCAAGUUGGAGGGUUAUAAAAUAUUCUGGUAAGCGUUCUGUAAAAGGCACAGAAAUAAUGUCCGAUCGUAUCUUUGAAAAGAGACAUCAUAAACAUGAACAAAAGGAACAAAUAUGUAAAAGACAGGAUUUGCGACGAUCGAGGGAAUUAAUACGAGUAGAAAAUUUGAAGCAAGGUCGUAAUAAACACCAAAUACAAGAUCAGCAAGAACAGCGAGACAUUAAACUUAAAAAGCAAAGGACUCGUCAAGCUGCUACUAAACAACCAAACCCAGAUCCAUUAGAAUCCAACCAAAUAAAACAGCGGAGAACUAUUAUAACACGAGCUAAAUCAGCUAAAAUAGGAAAAAUGCAAGAAUUGUCUUUGAUCACAGCAGAUGAUGCAUAUAACACAUGCCUAGAAAAUUAUGAUCCUACAAAAGAUGAACCAGUUUCCAAAAAUACUAAGAGCAAUUUAGAAACACCAAGUUGGAGGGUUAUAAAAUAUUCUGGUAGGCGUUCUGUAAAAGGCACAGAAAUAAUGUCCGAUCGUAUCUUUGAAAAGAGACAUCAUAAACAUGAACAAAAGGAACAAAUAUGUAAAAGACGGGAUUUGCGACGAUUGAGGGAAUUAAUACGAGUAGAAAAUUUGAAGCAAGGUCGAUAUAAACACCAUUCACAGAAAUCUAAUAAUAAAAAAGAAUUGACAACUUUAUUGCCCAGUCCAUCGAACAUUAAAGCAAUUGAAAUCACAGAUAAAUUACCUGAGUCUGCAUUUGAAUGCAAUUUAUAUAACUUGAAUUGUUAAUAACUAGCUAGUUUAUUUCAAAAUAUAGA